AUGAGCACGAGUGAUACGUUCGAAGAAGGAAUAGGUUACGAGUCCUAUUCUUGUGCAAGAUGCAGAAGACUAAAGAAAAAGUGCUCUAAGGAGUUACCUGUAUGUAAGAAUUGCAGCAAGGCCGGCGAAUCAUGUUUAUACCCAGGCAGGGCACCUAGAAGAACGAAGCGGGAACUCGAAGAAGCUCGAGCAAGAGGCGAAUUUAUUCCCAGUAGAAGACUGAAGAGAAAUUCCUCUUUGGAUAGUGAAUCCGCUACCGAAAAUGUUCAUUCAGGAUCAGACCUACCCACUGUGGCUAACGAGUCGACAUCUAUUAAGGAACAUCCAGAAUCAUUAGAAGCAGCAUCAUCAUUUUUGAAUAUGCUUGCAUCCAUAAAUGGGAGAGACGAUACGGUGCCGGCUGCUUCGCCUUCAAUCAUGAAAUUGGUCAGCACAGAGGGUAACGAUAAACAAACCACCUACCCUCAAGGCAAAUUGGAACACGAAUUACACAAGCCUGAUUCUAUUCCAAUCAAGCCAUCAUCUAUCCAAAUCGAGGCUAUCACAGCGGUCUUCAAAGGUGGAAGAACAACCCCAAUGGUAGGUCCAGAUGAGAAGUGCAGACAAAUCGAAAGACCACUUUAUGACCGCUUUAUCGCUGCAUAUUUCAAACACAAUCACAGAUCAUACCCGCUAAUAAAUAAGAUCGAAUUUCUGAACAAAGUUUCCACAAUUAGAGAUUUUACCGACAUGGAGGGGAAAUAUGAUGAUACAUUUAUCUUCCAGCUUUACAUGGUGAUGGCCAUUGGUUGUACAACUUUGCAGCGAGCUGGAAUAAUUGGUAAAAAUGAAGAGGGUUUGAGUGAACAUUUUUCUUACUUAGCAAUGAGACAUUUUUGCAAAGUUAUGCAUUUACAAAAUGUGGAAACUAUUACUUGUCUUUUACUACUCGGAAUUUACUCAUUCUUUGAACCAAAAGGGAACUCAUCAUGGACUAUAAGUGGCAUCAUGAUGAGGUUAACGAUAGGUCUAGGACUCCACAAGGCGUUGACUACUAAGAAAAUGCAGUCAAUGUCGGUAAUUGCGGUCGAAAUUAGAUACAGAGCAUUUUGGAGUUUUUACUGUUUCGAAAGACUUGUACAUACCUCUUUAGGAAGGGUUUCUGCGAUCGACGAUGAUGAUAUAAGUGUUCCUCUUCCGCGUGCCCUCUAUGAAGAAGAAGUGGAGGACAUCGAGGUGACUAAAAUGAUGAUUUCUUUACGGCGGAUUGGCGGGCAAAUAUAUAAGCAGGUCCACAGUGUAGGUGCGGGAAAAAAGAAGCUCUCCAUGGAGGAAAAGCAGGAGGUUAUUCAAAAUUUGCGAAAGGAGUUGGACAUGAUUUAUACGCAGAAGAGAAAUAAGAUUCAAGAGUCCAAUUCUGCAACAAGUCAGAGUGGGGGGAACUCUAGUAUAUCUUUCCACAGCUCCGACAUAUGGCUCGCUAUGAGGUAUGCCCAGCUACAAAUCAUGCUUUAUCGCCCCUCAGCCUUGAUACCCAAGCCACCGAUGGAAUCACUAUCAAUUUUAGGAGAUUCAUGCCUCCGAGCUUUGAAGCACACGUAUACACUUUACAAGAAAAAAUUACAACCGCUCAAUUGGAUUACUCUUUUUAGAACAUUGACGAUUUGCAACACGAUGCUAUAUUGCUUGUGCCAGUGGAGCAUUGAUCUUAUCGAAAGCAAGAUCGAAAUUCAACAAUGUGCGGAAAUUUUGCAGCAUUUUGGAGAAAAAUGGGUAUUCGCUGCUAAAUGUGCCGAUGUUUUUCAGACAAUAAGUAAUGCAAUUCUAGACAUUAGCCUAAGCAACGGUCAGGUUCCAAACAUGGACAAGCUCACAAGUGAGUUAUUUGGUGCAAGCAAUGAGUAUCAAGACAUUCUGGACGAAAACAAUGUAGAUAUCUCCUGGGUAGAUCGACUUGUAUAG